CUGAUCCCCUACAACCUACCCCCAUGAAUUUGUAUGAAACCCAGCUCUUUCUUGCUGUCUAUGAUUAUUCCCGGUCCCAAGAUGCCUGGUAAUGACAUAGAUGUCUACCUACAGCCCUUGAUAGAUGAGUUGAAGCAGUUGUGGGGUGGUGUUGAUACGUACGACGCUAGCGAGAAAAAAACAUUCAAGAUGCAUGCUGCGUUGAUGUGGACAAUCAGUGAUUUUUCAGGGUUGGGCAACUUAUCUGGGUGGAAUACGUACGGUGGGAGAGCUUGUCCUACGUGCAACUUAGAUGCUGAGCCUAAACGACUCACCUUCAGUCAGAAAUGGUGUUUCAUGGGUCAUCGGCGAUUUCUGAGUCAAGGUCACAGAUUUCGGCAGGACCGGGUCAGAUUUGAUGGCAAUGUAGAGGUCAGACGUCCCCCCGUAACAUGUUCGGGUGGAGAUAUUUUGAGACAGUUGGAUAAUGUGCAUGCCAAGCAUGGCAAGAGGCAAACGGUUAUCGGUAGAAGAGCACGCGGACAACAGGUUGCAUUACAAGAUGAAUCUCUUUGGAAAAAGAGGAGUAUAUUCUUUGAACUACCGUAUUGGGAAUAUAAUUUAUUGCGUCACAAUCUGGACGUGAUGCACAUAGAGAAAAAUGUGUGUGACAACAUACUGAACACGAUACUGAACGACAGUGGUAAAUCCAAGGACAACCUCAAAGCUCGAAAAGACCUCCAACUGAUGGGAAUUAGGCAUGAACUCUGGCCUCGAGAAGAUGGAAAGUAUCCCACUGCAAUAUUCUCCAUGUCGAAUUCACAGAAAGACGUCUUUCUUAGGAAUUUAAAGAACGUGGUCUUCCCAGAUGGCCAUUCGAGCAACAUAUCUCGCUGUGUUGACCUACAGCAGCGAAAACUAUCCGGCUUGAAAAGUCACGACAACCACACGCUUAUGGAACAUCUUCUCCCAAUUGCUAUAAGGAAUGUAUUGGAAGCCCCAGUGGCAGUCGUCUUGGCUGAUUUCUCAACUUUCUUUCGACGACUAUGCAGUAAAUCUAUAGACCCUCAACAACUUCCUCUCCUACAGGAACAUGUUGUCAUCACUCUUUGUCAACUGGAGAUAAUUUUUCCACCAUCUUUCUUCACAGUCAUGGUACACCUAACCGUGCAUUUGGUUGAAGAGGUACGCCUAGGGGGCCCGGUGCAUUAUAGGUGGAUGUAUCCAAUUGAAAGUACGUGCGUAAUAGGGCAGCACCGGAAGGAUCGAUUGCCGAGGGCUACUUAUCCGAUGAGAUUCUCACUUUCUGUUCACGAUACCUGGAUAAUGUUGAGAGCAGGAUCAAUCGACCAUUACGUGUUGAUGAUCGACCGAGCGAAGAUGUGACUGUUACCGUUACAAGCAUGUUCCCAUCGAUUGGCAAAGCGGUGGGGGCUUCAGCAUGUAUGAAUCUUUCACCAACCGAGAGACUCCAAGCACAUCGUCACGUAUUGGUUAAUUGCACAGCAGUGGAGAAUUUCUUAGAGUAAGUGUAGUUAUUUCAGCUCGGCCGAUGAUGUACCCCAAGGCAAUAUCUGUUAAACCAUUUGACAAUAAAUCCAUGUGGUAUGUCCAGGGAGUUUAGGGCUAGCAGAAAAAGACAGCUACGAAGUAUUGG